AUGGGAAAAUCUAGGGUCACUCCUAUCAAGACGGUAACCGUGCCCCGACUAGAGUUAACGGCAGCCGUGUUAUCUGUGAAAAUUAGUUCCUUUCUGCAAAAUGAACUUGAUUUUGUAAAUGCCAAGCAUUUCUUCUGGACUGAUAGCAGAGUAGUUUUAGCCUACAUUAAGAAUGAAGCAAGACGAUAUCAUGUUUUUGUAGCCAAUAGAGUGAGUCAGAUCAGAGACGAGUCACUGCCUUCACAGUGGCAUCAUAUUGACACCAAAAAUAACCCUGCUGAUACAGCUUCAAGAGGACUCACUGUCAAUCAGAUAGAGCAAUCGAGAUGGUUAACUGGCCCCAAAUUCCUAUGGGAGAAGGAACUUCCAGCUGUUGAAAGUAAGGAUGAUGGCGAAAUGCUUCCUAAUGACCCCGAAGUGAAGCUAACUCAAGCUCAUGCUGCUUUCAAGAAGAAUGACUUUGAGCUGGAACGACUAGACUGCUUUUCCAGUUGGCAUCAAACCAGAAGGGCUGUAGCAAAUUGUCUCAGACUAAAGUCCUACUUACGAAGACACUGUGAACAGAAGCAUCAGAGAGCUAACCAGAAGAGCGAUGCUAAGAAAACAGUUAUUGAGCCUAUGUCUGCUGAAUUACUUCUCCAAGCAGAGAAGGAGAUAAUAAGGCAGAAACAAAGAAAGGCAUUCCAUGAUGAAAUUCAAAGACAGGAAGUUAUGAAAAAUGCCACUCGGACAUCUUCUCGUGAGAGGAGACGUCAUUGUAAGACUACCAGCCGUCUACAUCAACUUGAUCCAUUUCUAGAUGGUGAGAACAUCCUGAGAGUAGGAGGUCGCUUGAGAAGGUCUGAAACUUCGUUCACAAACAAACAUCCCGCCAUCCUACCUCAAAGUCAUGUUACGGACCUGAUUGUAGCUCAUUGUCACGAAGAAGUUCUCACGAAGAAUCAGGGAAGAGGCAUGACUACUAACUGUAUCAGAGCCCAUGGUUAUUGGAUUUUGGGUUGCAGUAAUCUUGUAUCCAAGCUCAUCUCUCGAUGUGUUACCUGUCAGAAACUACGACGACCAAAACAGGUACAAAAAAUGGCGGAUCUACCAAAGGAUCGUCUAGCCUCUGAACCGCCAUUUUCUUACUGCGGUAUGGAUUGCUUUGGACCAUGGUUAAUCAGAGAAGGUGGAAAGGAGGUAAAGAGAUACGGCCUUCUUUUUACUUGUAUGUCGUCACGUGCAAUCCACAUAGAAGUACUGAACUCAUUGUCCACUGAAGCUUUUGUUAAUGCCCUUCGACGUUUUAUCACUGUUUGUGGUCCUGUUCGUCAACUGAGGUCGGACAGAGGAACAAAUUUUGUUGGUGCCGAGAAUGAACUCGUGAAAGCUUGGAAGGAGAUGAAUCAUGAGAAAGUUAAACAGCAUUUGCUCAGAGAAGGAUGCGAUUACUUUGACUUCACCUUCAACUUCCCCUACUCAAGCCACAUGGGAGGAGCUUGGGAGAGGCAAAUACGUACUGUUCGUAGAGUCUUGGAAGCAUUGCUGUGUCAAAAUAGUCAGCAACUGGAUGACGACUCACUGCGAACAUUGCUAUGUGAGGCAGCAGCUAUUGUGAAUAGUCGUCCACUGUCUGAAGAAUUCCUGAACGAUCCAUCUCACCUAGAGCCCAUAACUCAAAAUCUAUUGUUGACUCAAAAAUCAAGGUGUACAUUUGGCGAAUGCACAGAAGGCAAUUACAUGUAUAUCCGUACAAGAGCAGAUGGGAAACUCUUCAACAUCGACCGGCUACGUGCCAAAACAAUGGCCAGGAUGGUUCUCACUCAUGUGAUGUACGGCAACGAUGUCGCCCCUGCCAUUCAUAAAGAAGCGGGAGUAGGGCUACAAGACCUAGUCAUACAGCGGCCUGUCCUGUGCAUGUAUGGAGUUUGUAUAACCCAUUAG